AUGAACGCGAAAGAAACACGCGCGAGACGCGGGGCUCUGAUUGUCGUCGAAGGCCUGGAUCGAGCUGGCAAAUCCAGCCAGUGCGAGCUCCUUCGCAACUAUUUACAGGAAUCCGGUCAUGCAGUGAAAUAUAUUAGGUUUCCAGACCGAACCACGUCCAUUGGCAAGAUGAUCGAUGGCUAUUUACGCGGCCAAUCGCAGUUGGAUGACCAUUCCAUUCACCUUCUCUUCUCCGCAAAUCGAUGGGAGGCUGCCCGGAGCAUUGAGCAAGAUAUCGCCAAUGGGGUCAAUGUGAUUGUCGACCGAUAUUCGUAUUCCGGCGCAGUGUAUUCGGCCGCCAAAGGCAAUCCUUCUUUAUCCCUUGAAUGGGCCUGGCUUCCAGAAAUCGGAUUGCCCCGGCCGGAUCUAUGUCUCUUCCUUCGCAUAUCUCCCGAAGAGGCAGCAAAGCGUGGCGGAUUUGGUGCGGAGCGUUAUGAGAACGAGGCUAUGCAGACCCGUGUGCGGGAGCUGUUCCAAACUAUAUUUGACCUCCAGCGAGGAGGCACGGUUCGCAUGCUUGAUGCCGGAAGAUCGUUUCAAGAAGUGUCAGACGAUAUCGAGAAGAUUGUGACCGAGUGUAUUGCAUGCUUGGAUCCCGCUAGUCCUUUGGCGAAACUCACGUCCAUUUCCUGA